AUGUCCGGCGGUGAUGUUCUGCCGAUCGUCAAGCUUCCGUUAGAGGCGCAGUAUCAACACAUGCGACGCGAGUUCGCGCAACUGCAACGGCAGGAGAACCCACGCAGCAUCAACUUCACCACCUCGUUAAAGAACAGGCACAAGAACCGCUAUCUGGACAUAUUGGCGAACGAGGCCACCAUUUACCCACCCUCUGCCGUCGACGCGCACGGCUCGCCGCCGCCCUACAUCAACGGCAAUCUCAUAAACCUCGGCCUCCCGCACACCUUCGUGGCCUGCCAGGCGCCGGUUGCGCAGGGUAUCUCGGAUUUCUUGUCCAUGUUGUACGACAAUAAGAUCGUGCUUGUCAUGAUGGUGACGAAGCUGCAGGAGGGUGGCAUCAUCAAGGCUGACCGCUACUGGCCGGAAGAAGGGGAGCCGCCUAUUGAGGUGCCGGGCGCUGCAGGGUUGGUGCUCGAAAUAGACACCAAGAAGCCAUACAAAGUCGAUAAGGAGCUGAACAUAACCCAACGGUAUCUGGUGCUUCGUAGACCGAAUGAGCCGCCGCACAAAAUUCUACAGGUGCAGUAUACCGGGUGGCCAGACCACGGGGUGCCACAGUCUGCUGCAGCGUUUGAGAAGCUUCUGUCUAUUGUGAAGGAGUCCCCUACCACUGCACCAAUCGUUGUUCACUGUAGUGCUGGUAUAGGGCGAACAGGUACACUGAUUGGUGCGUACGGCGUCUUGACGCACCUGGAGCGUGGGACUCUGAAUGAUACGACGGUGUAUGAUGUAGUAGCGGCAAUGAAGCGGCAGCGGUUUGGCAUGGUGCAGAGAGUGGAGCAGUAUGUUGUAAUAUACCUUACACUUAUGAGUCGUCUUGGCGCAGAUGUUAAGGCGCUUGUGGUUUUUCUCAAUCAACAGAGUGGAGCUUCUGCUGUAGCGCGGCCACGGUGA